AGGCCCAGUCAUUGCGCAACAUUCCUAAACGCAAUCUCUGAAAAUACAACAGUUUUGAUGGCAAUUAUUUAACAGAGCAGCAUCCCAGCUUUUCAGUGCUGUAUGAUUUAUUUCUCAACUUUUGCUCAAUUGGCAGCGCUUUAUAAUCUUGAGUGUUGCAUGACAAUAAAAAAGUAACCGCGGGAAGCGCGUCGGCCUUUCGAAUGCAUAAACGGCAUUGCAUGUGAGAGGAGCUAGCUGGAAUGGAUCCAAAGAAGCCUAGUUUCCCAGGCCUCCCUGGUGCAACCCGCAUUCCUUGGCUGCAGCAGCACGCAUGGGGUCGAGGACUGCGUUCAGAUGAACCAGCAAUAGGACGAGCCAGAGGCCUUAUGUUUGCAACAGAUGGGUCUGCUAGCUUAGGAAGAGCCAGGGGUUUCACCACCGCUGGUGAUACACUGCUUAUGCAGUACGGGAGAGGAGUGCCCUUCCCAGUGAGCGAUCCCUUCAUUGGCUUUGCCAGGGGGAUACCCAUGCCUAGAUCAGAAGAUGGUGGGAUUAGCCACCCUAGAGGGUGGCUUCUCUCGACAGCUGAUCCGACCGUAGGUGUGGCAAGAGGGGAACCCCUUCUUGGUUUGGGGCCUCACCCUGGACAAGCCACUCCAGGUCAGCUUGCAAAGCAAGACUUGCCUGAAGAGAUGCCAAGUCUGCAGGCAGAAGAGGAAGUAGUAGCCAAACAGGUGGACAUGUCCACCCAAGGCCAGGGAUCGUCGCUGGUGUCCAUGUUCAGAGGCAUGGGGAUCGAUCCCUCAAAGACCUGGGGCAGGGGAGGGCUGCCAGUGGGGAGGGGUGCUUUUGGAGCAGAGCUCCAACCACAGACAUCCCCUGUUGGAGCAGUGGCAGUUGCCGGCCCGGGUGGAGACAGAUUCCCUGAGGACAUGAUGGGCCAAGGUAACAGCUUCCUUGGCCGAGGUGUACCAUCUCAGAUGGUGGGAAUGGGACGUGCGUCGAUGCUCCCCUUGGGUACUGGGAGGGGACCAACUGUGCCCCCUACUCUCCCUCCAUCCCCACCCAAAGAGGCUCAUAUGACUCCAGAUUGCUCUCAAACUAAGGGAGAACUUAAGAUGGAGGCCACCUGUGAAACAUUACACAAGACUGGUACCAAAGGAACACCAUUGCCCAUAGGCUCAAACCACAUCACCAUUCACUGCAGGAAUGAGGCAGUCUAUCAGUACCAUGUCACUUUCACUCCUAAUGUGGAGUCAAUGGGUAUGCGAUUUGGCAUGAUGAAGGACCAUCGCCCCACUACUGGGGAGGUUGUUGCUUUUGAUGGCUCAAUUCUCUACCUCCCUGUGAAGAUGGAAGAGGUGGUUCACCUAAAGAGUGUGAGACGAACUGACAACCAGGAGGUUGACAUCAAGGUCCAAAUGACUAAGAUCCUUCCACCCAACUCUGACCUGUGCAUCCCCUUCUACAACGUGGUGCUGAGAAGGGUAAUGAAGAUCCUGGGACUGAAGCUUGUGGGGCGGAAUCAUUACGAUCCAAAAAGCGCAGUCAUACUUGGGAAGCAUCGGUUGCAGGUGUGGCCAGGUUACUCAACGUGCAUAAAGCACACUGAUGGAGGCCUGUACCUCCAGGUGGAUGUGUCCCACAAAGUGCUGCGAAAUGACUCUGUCCUCGACUGCAUGAACGUGAUCUACCAGCAAAGCAGGGAGAGCUUCCAGGAUGAGUGCACCAAAGAGCUGAUAGGCAGCAUUGUUAUCACCCGAUACAACAACCGCACCUACCGCAUCGACGACAUUGAGUGGGGCAAGUCCCCCAAAGACACCUUCACCAUGGCCGACGGCUCAACGACCACUUUCGUCGAGUACUACAGCAAAAACUAUGGCAUCACCAUAAAAGAGAUGGACCAACCCAUGCUUAUCCAUCGACCCAAAGAGAGGUCCAAGCCAGGGGGAAAGCAAGUCAUAACCGGCGAGAUCCUGCUUCUGCCAGAGCUCUCCUUUAUGACUGGAAUCCCUGACAAAAUGAGAAAGGAUUUCCGCGCCAUGAAGGACUUGACGAUGCACAUCAAUGUGAGUAGUGAGCAGCACACUCACUCCCUGAAGCAGCUCCUGAAGAACAUCAACACCAACCCAGAGGCCCAGACAGAACUGGCACGCUGGGGGCUGGAGAUCAGUCAAGACAUCCUGGUGACUAUAGGAAGAAUUCUGCCUCUGGAGACCAUCUGUCUGCAGUCAGUGUCCUUUGUCACCGGAGCUGAUGUCAGCUGGUCCAGAGAGGUUAUCAGGGAUGCUUCUAUCAGUUGUAUCCCCAUGAACUGCUGGGCCAUUUUCUACCCUCGGCGCUGUGCUGAGCAGGCCGAGGAGCUAGUGUCCUGCUUUGGGAAGGUGGCCGGACCUAUGGGCCUGAGGCUGGAUCGGCCCAUCCGCGUGGAGCUGAAGGACGACCGCACCGAGACCUACGUCAAGAGCAUCCACUCCCAGCUCACUAGUGAGCCCAAUGUGCAGUUGGUAGUGUGUAUUAUGACAGGCAACAGAGACGACCUCUACAGUGCCAUCAAGAAGCUGUGCUGCGUCCAGAGUCCCGUGCCCUCUCAGGCCAUUAACGUCCGGACCAUCUCCCAACCCCAAAAGCUGAGGAGCGUAGCCCAGAAAAUCCUGCUGCAGAUGAACUGCAAACUGGGAGGAGAGCUGUGGACUGUGAACGUCCCUCUGAAACAUCUGAUGGUGAUUGGAGUGGACGUCCAUCACGACACCAGCAAGAAGAACAGAUCAGUCAUGGGCUUCGUCGCCAGCCUGAAUAGCUUGCUGACUAGGUGGUACUCCAGAGUGACCUUCCAGAUGCCCAACGAGGAGAUCAUCAACGGGUUCAGAGUGUGUCUGCUGGCUGCACUGCAGAAAUACUAUGAGGUGAACCAUAACUUCCCGGAGAAGAUUGUGGUAUAUCGGGACGGAGUGUCUGACGGCCAGCUGAAGACAGUGGAGCUGUAUGAGAUCCCUCAGCUGCUCAAGUGUUUUGAAACAUUCCCAAACUAUGAGCCCAAGCUCGCCUUCAUCGUGGUACAGAAACGUGUCAGCACCAACCUGUACUCCUGCUCCGGGGACCGCUUUGGAACGCCUCCGCCAGGAACUGUCCUGGACCACACAGUCACCAACAGGGAAUGGGUUGACUUCUACCUAAUGGCGCAUCACGUUCGACAGGGCUGUGGCCUGCCUACACACUACAUCUCAGUCUACAACACAGCAAACCUCUCCCCAGACCACUUGCAAAGGCUGACCUUCAAAAUGUGCCACAUGUACUGGAAUUGGCCCGGGACUAUCCGGGUGCCUGCGCCGUGCAAGUAUGCCCACAAACUGGCCUUCCUGUCGGGCCAGUAUCUCCACUCAGAGCCAGCUAUCCAGCUGGCAGACAAGCUGUACUUCCUCUAAUGUGUGCCUCCUUAGGCUCAGCCCCUCUUAGAAGGAGCAUACCAGUCUGCACAACAAUUAACAUGUCGCAACAGAGAAAGCCUUGAAGAAGAAGAAAAAUGGAAGGAGGAAAAUAAAUGAGAAAGGGGGGAGGCUUUCACAUUGACUUUUGGAUCAGAUAAAAUAUAUUUUUUUGUUUUGUUUAGCAGUCAGUGUUCUAAUGGUGUCUGACAUAGACCCCCCCACCCCCAGGCACUGUUGUCGUAGAAACUGUGUGUCCUAUUGCAGGUUGUAUGUUGGAAUUUAGAAACAAUGCUCUGUUUUUAAAUUGAAUCUAUUUUUGCUACAUGAAGUAAUCCAACUAGGUAUACACUGCCAUUAUAGGGCAUCAUUGUCGAUGAGAGAAGACCAUGAUACUCUUUAAGAUGGCGGCGUAUCGAUUGUUGGACUACUUCAUGUAGCUAAUUUAAUAAUGAAGGAUUUCCUAAAUUCCAAUGUUCCCCCUGUAACUAGCUAUGGGAGUUCAGAAAACACUGACUUGGGAAUGAAGAAAGUAUUGACUAAAGGUUGAGUCAAAGAUCCUGAUUAUGGCUACUGAUUACUGCUACACAUCAGCUUGUGCAUGCCCUCAGACACAAGCUUUCGCUCUGCCGCUGAGGUUCGAUUUUACAUGGCUAACAGUUUGAGAGUUAAGAAAUAUAGCUGCUUUCAGUGCUUUGAGGAAUGGGAACAAAUGUUUAUAAAACAAAAAAGGGCCAGUUUUCCACGGUUUGCAUGACCCACGGAGACCAGAGGAGAUUUUAUUUUUGUGAAGUGAUAGUGUGAAAUUCAAGUCUGUUGUAAUGUAAUACAACCAUAGUGGGUUUUAUUUGUGUUGUCCUCUGUUUUGUUGCUCCAGAUACAUUGCUGUUGCAAAUAAAACUGGUGUGUGUAUGGGAAGUUUUCUUAA